UUGAAUUUGCCGUCGGCGGCUCAGAUUACCUACACUGAAGCACUACUGUAGCUCGCUCCGGUGGAAGUCAGGAGCCUGGAAGUCAGUAGUCACUGCUCAAAUCACACAGUCAAGCGGCGUGACAGAACGGACCAAAGUACAGACAAGCCACGUUUACACAGGGCUGCGUUCCCUGGGACUAAAGCAAAUUCAACAGAAUGGUGUAGAAACUUCUUUGAAACAACCGCCAUUUUAAGACUUACUGACUUGGAUGUUUAAUUCCAUUGCAAUGAGGAAACCUUUACACUCAGUUCGCUCAGACAUGUGGACAAAUGUUCGAAUCGGGUAUUCAAUAUUAAGGACCAAUAUGUUUUUUAUUUUUUCCAUUUUACUAAUUCCAGGAUGUUUAAGUGCCAACGUAGCAUUAACAAAUGGUCAGAUAGAUCUGUUGGACGCAGUGAGGAUAGAAGCUGUUUCCAAGAGGACGAACGGCGUAUGUGCCGGCAGAGACGACAAUCGGGCAUUCCAAAUCACGGGAGGGGAGGAGUUUACUGCCGACUUCCAGACUGUCUUCCCAGAAUCAAUUCCGGAGGAAUUUUCCAUUGUGGCUUCCUUUAGAUUAAACAACAUGGAUCUUACAAACGAUAAGUUAUCUAUACCUCUAUUGACGAUUUACAACAAACAAGCUCGGGAGGUCUUGGGGUUGUACGUAGGACCAAACUCCAAGUUCCUUCUCAGUGACAAUGAAGCGCGCACCCCAGUAGAGAAGGCCACGUCAUUGGAAUCCUUUGCAAUAAAUGACACCAAGUGGCACAGAAUUGGUAUAAGCGUGAGCUAUGGGAGACUUACGUCAUACAUCAACUGCGAACUCGGGGAUAAAGAAUCGUUCAAACGUAGCACAGAACCCGUCAAAAAUUUCGACACGGAGGGAAUGAUUUUGAUUGGUCAGGAUUUCAACGACUCGCCUAAAUUUCAAGGAGAUAUCCAAGACCUUAUUUUCAUUCCUUUCGCUGAGGGGGGCCAGGACGCGUGUUCAUACUAUACUCCAAACUGUGACCAUGCAUUUUACACCGCUGCCUACCAUAACUCGCUGUCUAACGAGACCUCGGGUAGUUCCCAGGGGGGUCAGGCUACCGGCGGAAUGGCAGUGGGUGGUGGGGAGGUCGUGAUGAUGGAAAAGUCGGAUAUGGGCAUUGGUGCCGGAGGGAUGGUGAUGGUGGAUAAAUCUAGUAUGGGUGUCGGAGGAAUGGGUGUUGAUGCCGGGGGAAUGGUAAUGGUGGAUAAAUCAGGCAUGGGCGCGACUGGGGCCGGUGGAGUGGUAAUGGUGGAUAAAUCAGGCAUGGGUACCCUCGAUCACUCUGGUGGAUUCCUUGUGGAUGCUGAAACAGGCGAGACUGUGGGGAAAAUGGGAGGCUCGGUUGUAAUGGGAAAAGAAGGGGUACCGGUGAUCAAGUACGACGCGUCAACUGGAGUUUCCUAUGCUUACCGAUACGGCCAAGUUGGACCCCCAGGACCUAGGGGACCUCCAGGACCCCCCGGGAGACAAGGUGAUCCGGGUUUUGACGGACGUGAUGGAAUUCCAGGGGCAUCCGGUAUGCCGGGACCUCCCGGAAAUGUCUUUAUCAUAGAUGCGAAUUUUGCCUCAAAAACAUCCCACCAAGCUCAAGCCUUCAGAGAAAUCCUCGGACAGCACAUGCUUGCAAUGCGUGGAGCCCCAGGACCCCAGGGCAUGACCGGUAUCCCCGGCCCAGCGGGGCCUCCGGGUAUGGAUGGACCAAAAGGAGACAUUGGAAACCCGGGAGAGCAGGGUAUUCGCGGACCAAUGGGAUUCCAAGGAUUGGCAGGACAGCCUGGAGACAGGGGAAAAUCAGGCUUAGACGGAGAGAGAGGAGCAUUGGGUCCUCCAGGUGAAAAGGGGCCCCCUGGAUAUCCCGGCAUGCCUGGCUUCCCAGGACCAAAAGGAGAACGAGGACACGUCGGGCCAACGGGUUCACCCGGCCCAGUUGGGCCAGUGGGCAAUGUGGGAGACAUCGGUGAGGCAGGGCCCGUGGGACCACCGGGAGAAGUUGGACCUCGAGGUUUUCUUGGCCCCCAAGGACGUCCCGGACCCAUCGGAAACCCGGGUCUCCCCGGGCUGGAGGGUGCGUCAGGACCCAAGGGAAACGAUGGAUUGAUUGGAGCCCCCGGCGCCCCCGGACAGCCAGGAGCCCCCGGGGCCUUAGGGCCCCCUGGACCUCCUGGCCCCCUUGGUCCUCCCGGAAUUCCCGGACCUAUGGGAAAACCCGGUCUUCCUGGAUUACCAGGUCCAGUUGGACCUCCAGGUAUAGCAGGUACCCCCGGUGAGGCCGGAAUAAAGGGAGACACAGGUGUGAUGGGACUGCAGGGCAUCACGGGAUACCCCGGACCGCGCGGCAUCAAAGGAGACAUCGGACCCUUUGGAAAUCUUGGGGAGAAAGGCGAGAAGGGAGAUCUUGGAAUUGUGGGAGGUAAAGGAGACUAUGGUGCACCAGGAGAGAAAGGAAUACAGGGAGAACCCGGUCCCCCCGGUCUGGAGGGAAUAGAGGGCACAAAGGGAGAUCCCGGUCCCCGGGGAGAAACAGGGCACGCCGGUCCUCAAGGUGAAAAGGGAAUUAUGGGACGUCAAGGAAUGCCGGGAUACCCAGGACCACAAGGACUCGUGGGGCCCGCCGGAAGGAACGGACGCCGCGGUAGGAGAGGCGCACGCGGGAAACCUGGUUUGCCUGGACCCCAAGGAGAUAACGGAGAAAAAGGCCCUCCGGGUCCGACUGGAGAGAGAGGAAAGCCGGGACCAGUGGGACAAGUGGGACCCAAGGGAGAGACAGGAGUUCCAGGGCCUCCAGGAUUCAUGGGGGAGCAGGGUAUACAGGGACCCCCGGGGCCAACAGGUCUCAUGGGCCCACAAGGUCCACAGGGUCUUCCAGGUCAAGACGGCAUGCCGGGAACAUCAGGGGAGAGGGGACUUCCGGGCGAGCCAGGUAUACCCGGCUCACCUGGACAGAUGGGAGUGAUGGGACCACAGGGACCUCAAGGAGAGCCCGGAGCCCCGGGAGACAGAGGAACACCUGGAAACCAGGGGAUGCCGGGAGAUACCGGACUUCCGGGUGCCGCAGGCGAACGUGGACAUCCGGGACCUCCGGGACCACCUGGAAACGAGGGAGUACAGGGACCACCCGGACCCCCCGGCGCUAAAGGCUUGAGAGGUUACCCGGGACCUCAGGGUAAAGAUGGACCGGCUGGUGAGCACGGGUCUCCUGGACCGCUGGGACCAAGGGGUGAAAAAGGUAACAUUGGUGAUACUGGACCAGCCGGAAGCCCGGGAGUACCGGGGCCACCAGGACCUAUUGGUUCCGAGGGACCUCCAGGAACAAAAGGUGAUACGGGACUUGAAGGUGCUCCAGGAUUUCCGGGCCCAGAGGGAUCGCCGGGACCAAGAGGAUACCCAGGACCUGCCGGUCCAUUAGGUCCCCCUGGAGAACCAGGAGACAAAGGACCAGCGGGUGAGCCAGGAUCCAGAGGCCCGAAAGGAGACCACGGAGAAAUGGGACCACCUGGACCUCGAGGACCACAAGGUUUACAAGGAAGUGUGGGACCAAUGGGAAACCCAGGAGAACCAGGCAUACAGGGUAUCCAGGGACCCCCGGGCCACAAGGGAGCCACGGGUCCACCAGGGGCGACAGGCAUGACGGGAUUACAAGGACUCCAGGGACUUCCAGGAUCGCCCGGAGAUAAAGGCGAGCAGGGAGACAGAGGAAUGGACGGUCCCCCCGGCGCUCCAGGACCGCAGGGAGAGCCCGGACCGAUGGGUCCAGAGGGUCAAACAGGAAAACCCGGGGCUCCCGGAUUAGAGGGAAAGCAGGGUCUGAAAGGAGAGCAGGGAAUUCCCGGACCGGCCGGAUCAGCGGGAACGGACGGCCUUCCUGGACCAGUUGGCGAACCAGGACCCAAAGGAGAGAACGGAAGACCUGGUCCCCAGGGCCCUUCAGGAAUCAGAGGAGAGCCAGGUGUGCCGGGACCAAAGGGACAUCCGGGGAUGUCAGGUCCGCCAGGUGUUCCCGGACCCCAAGGUUCCCCAGGCUUGAAGGGCGAGGCCGGACGUGACGGACCGGACGGAGAACAGGGACCCAUGGGACCAGUCGGUCAACCAGGACCCCCAGGCGAGCCUGGGCUUCCGGGACAAACCGGAAAACAAGGCGAGAUGGGACGUCCAGGUAUCCAGGGUGAGCCUGGUUCAGCUGGCGAGAAAGGAGACCGAGGACUUCCGGGUCCACCCGGAAAUCGUGGAAUACAAGGACCACAGGGCAACCCAGGUGCUCCAGGCCCGGCGGGACCUCCCGGUGCAGCUGGUCCAGUGGGUGAAGCAGGUGCUGUGGGACCCCCAGGAAUACCCGGAGAACAGGGACUGAUAGGACAACCCGGACCCACUGGUCCUAAAGGUGAGACAGGGGAGAAGGGCAUGAAAGGUCACAUGGGACGAGUGGGACCUCCAGGAGCUAUUGGUGAUCCCGGACCGAAGGGAGAGCCGGGUGAGCCCGGACCCCCGGGACCAAAGGGCGAUAGAGGACCAAUUGGACCAGAGGGACCUCCCGGAUUCCCUGGACCGGAAGGAACGUCAGGCCUGCCAGGACCUCCAGGACCCUCGGGACCUAAAGGAGAGCGGGGUGAUACCGGACAGAAGGGAGAAUCUGGACUUCCGGGACCCACUGGGCCGGCUGGACCUCCAGGAGCAUCCCAAGCCUUCCCCGCUGACAUUUUCUCCUCUGCGUUCGCGCCAAAAGUAGGAGGCCGAAGAAAGCGUGCGAUCAACCAAGUCAAUCAAAAUUCCCUGGAGUUUGACCUCAACCAAAUUGUUCAGGAAAUGGAAAGCAAGAGCUACGAACUCCAAGAUGGCGUCACUCUCCUUGUUGGAAAAUUAUUUGGACAGAUCGAAAAACUAGAUGAAGAGAUUCAGAUGAUCAAAUACCCGACCGGGAAAGAGGGCAACCCUGCUAGCUCCUGUAACGACAUCAAACUUGGAAACCCAGGAUCUACUGACGGAUGGUACUGGGUCGAUCCCACUCUGGGGGCCUCGGGUGACGCCAUCAAGGUGUGGUGUAACAUGUCGUCAGGAAGCACCUGCAUUUACCCCACAGAUGAUACCAAAAUGUCUCCAUUAAGUUACAGAAAUGAAGAGAAGGGACAAUCGUUCAGUGGUCUUAAAUCGGGAUUUAUGAUUGAGUACCCGGAUGACAUACAACUGAACCUUCUGAGACUGUUCAGUGGGCGAGCGACGCAAACAUUCACGUAUUACUGCAAGAAUUCGCUCGCAUGGUAUGACGAAAUGUACAAAGAUAAAAACCGCGCCAUUAUCCUAGAGGGCGCGGACAAAUCCCAACACAAAACGAAAGACUUGAAGAACGUCAUAGACGGUUGUAAGUCAAGAAAGGGAGAUGGGAAAACUAUAUUUGAAAUCUCGACAAAGAAGGUUGAGAGUUUGCCUAUAAUAGACUUUAUUCCCACGGAUUACGGCCAGACAGAUCAGCAAUUCGGAUUCGAAGUCGGACCCGUAUGCUUCUCCACAUAAACUCAAGACUCUUUAGAUUAUAUCAGAUACUUCAUUAGAGGGGACAAUUUGUUAUAUUUUUGUGUAUUUAUUAAGAGGCGCUUCACACACACACAUUGAAUCAGAGUAGAUGAUUAUUAUACAAGGUAUUCUCAACUAUAAUCACCGUAGGCUUUCGGACAUAUGAUUAUUCUAGAUAAUUGUGAGAAAUAAUUGUGGUAAACUCGGUUUAUCAUUUAUAGCGAAACUGUGAUUAACCGUUAUAUAAGGUUACGAUUAAUUGUAAUCUACACCCCACGGUAACCAUUUAGUAAUGUAACGCUGAUAAUGUACCCCCAUAUUUCGCUCACUGUUUCUGAUUAAGUCGCUCAUUGUGUACGUCUGAAUGAAAGUUGAUUGCACACUCA